AUGCUAAGGAAUAGCACAGAAUGCCGGUCUGCAGAAAAAGUAAAAGAAUUGUUUUACCCCUUGUUGGAUGAUUUUUGUAUUUCCCUUUUGUAUAACGAACCCGACGAAAAGUUGUUGGAAACUUUACACGAGAUAUUCUGUUAUAUUGGGUCCGAAAAGCUAUCACGAUUUGUCUUGGAGUAUUCUUUAACUUCUCGAAAAGAAAGUGAUGAUUUAUCGGGGCUUCUUCCUAUUGACAAGAUGGUACUCUCAAAGUAUAAGACAAUGUUACAAUACUUGCAAUCUGGUAGAUUUCCUAAAUAUGACUUGGAACAUUUACUGUUUUUAGACCCAAUCAAAUUAGAUAUACUGUCUCAACAGGAAAAACUAGCAAGCAAAACAGUGGCCGUUAUUAAAAGUGCAUCCACUAAAUGGGUUGAUCUUCUCGAUGCCGUCAACAUACAUUUGAAAGAGAAUCAAGACGAAAGCAAGAUUGAAGAUGCGAAUCGGCCCCGUAUAAAAAUUUUUGAACCAUAUGUGUUGACGGAGGAGCCAUUAGAUAUUGUGAAAGUGGAAUUUGCAAAAAGGGGAGUAGUCGUUCCCAGCACUGAAGCUGAAGUGAGCAAAACACAGCCAGCACAAAUUGUUCAGGAAAAGAAACCAGAAGAAGAAAACAGAGUACAAAGAUCAUCCAAAAGAUUAUCAAAAAUUGAAGAUGAAAUACCGGCUGUUAAAUUAGAACGUUCACAUUUUCUAAAUAUGGAUCACUUUAGAAACCAAAUGAAUGAAACCAUUCCCAAUUUUGGGAUCUUUGAUGUUUGUCUGGCGUACGUUGAAAGUGAUUCAAGUAAACAGUAUAUAAAGGAUUUUAAGAAUAUAGUUUUUGAUUGGAAUGACUCUUACACCAAGGUGAUUUUGAGUUACAAUACUGCAAAAUCAGAAGACGACAAUUUGAAAUUAUUAGAUUUACUAAGUGGAUAUGGGAAAAAUGAAGAAUCAAAAGAGAAAAAUAUCCCUCAACUUGAAGAAAUAGACAUAGAAUUUCCAGAAUUAAACUAUGUUGAUUUUAAAAGCUAUAUCAUCAAACAUUUGUUAUCUAAAAUCCUUACAACAAAAUGGAGUGAUAAAUUAUAUGAAAAAUUUGCAGAAUGGAUAGUACAAUUUGAGGGAUAUAUGAUUGAUGCCAUAGAUGUGGAACUGGCAAUUGGGAUCUUGGAAGUGUUGGUGGAUAUAUCAAUAAGUUUAGAGUUGCAGAUAAAAGACUCUAUCAAUAACAAAUUCAAUAAGGCGGUUGUUAACUCAUUGUGUCAAGAUUUGCUAAGAAUCAAGGAUAAGAUUAUACGAUGGACAAAUCAUAUCGAGACAUUUACCAUCAAUGAUUUGCAGAUAGUUUCAAGAUUCAAAUGGUGUCAGAUUAUCAAGGAAAAAGCAGAAACAAAGUCGUGGACUGAAAACCAUCCGGUAAAACAGAAAUUACAAAAGCUUUUGGAAAGUGCGGAUUUCAAAAUCAAUUACCCAAAUUAUAAGAAUUUCAUUGAUUUUAGCAAAGAUAGCAUUAACAGUCAAUUGACAAUUAUAUCAGUGCUUGCCAUUUUUUGGAGAAUUUUGAGCACCUCAUCUACAGAAGAUAAUAAAGAGGCAAUUCGGUUGUUGGAAGACAUUCUCCUAGAUCGGAAUAAAGAACCAGGUGAUGCUAUAUUAUCAAUAAGAAACUUCUUAAAGCAAGGCUCAAUUGAUAUGAAAUUAAGUUUAUGGAAUAUUCUUUUACUGUUUUAUCAACUGAGUAAUUCGGGUGAUAAGCUAGCUGCGGGUUUUGAAGAAUGUGUUUUGUUUUUGAAUAAUUAUUUGGUUAGUGAAUAUAAUUCAUUGGACGAAGAGAGCAGACUCCUUACUUUGCUGAGAAUUUUGGGAUUUUACGGAAGUAGUAUUCUGUUUGUUGUUAAUCUGCUUGCAACCACUAAAUGGGUAUUGAUGCAGCCAAUAAAAGUUCAGACUUUAAAGUUAUUUUUUGAACUAAGUUUGUUGUUUGAAAUAAAUGAAGAAGCUAGCUACAUUUCAUCGCUAGCAACAUCUAUCAAGUCAAAGUCUACCAAAUCAUAUCACCAUUUAACUAAUAUACUAAUUAAAACAAUUAUAUUGAUCCUAGCGUCAAUACAGAAAUGUAACCCGGAAAUUGUACAUUCCGUAAUAAGGUUGUUUCAUACUCAACUUGGCUUGAUUGGAUUAUGUGAUAAUGCUGGAGGGUUAUUUUUAGAAAUAGCACAAGAGUACUUGAAGAGUUUGCCAAAUAGUGAUUACGAUAUUUGCCAAAUAAUCAAAUGUAAGUACCACUAUUCAAUCAGCAUUGAUGGGGUUAUGCCAAUAGAUCAUGAUACCGCUAGACUUGAAGAACUAAAUAUAAAUGACUGCAAGGAGUUAGCUCUGUUUGUUCUACCGUUAUGUUUUCUGAAAGGGAGCACUUUAAACAAUGUUCCUAAACACGAUAUCAAGAUGUUGAUUGAUGAAAUGUACGAUGUGAUUGGCGAUCCUGAUUUCGAAGUGAACGAGUCUCUAGCACGUAACAAAGCUACGUUGCACUAUUUUCUUGAGAAUACACGAUUGACUAAAAGGUUAUUUCAAGAGGCGUUCCAUGGAUUAGCAAGGUUGGAAUUGGGGUGUAUUGGUGAGGAUAAACAAUUUAACGGGUUGUAUUAUAUUCAAGGGUUGUUGUUGUUUUCGUCAUAUAAGCUAAGAAAGAAAACUAUGCAAAGCAGGGCAGUUGAGUUGGAAAGUGCUAUUUCAUUAUUUGAAAAUGAUAUUAUAUGUGGAAGCAACAGGUUUGAAAGCUGGUUUCUUUUGGGUCAAUCUUAUGGGUACCUUGUAGAAGAUGACUUGAUUUGGACAGCAGAUAAAUUGACAGCCUCGGAUCGGAAAAUAACUACAGCUAAUUUGCAGCGGAAGUCAUUGCUAUGCUAUUUGAUGGCAAUAAACAAAUCACUAGAUGAAUCGAUUAAAGACGUGGUUAAACCAGUAGUGGGCAAUUUAAUGUCUUUGUUUGCCAAGGAAAUGUUUAGCGCAGUUUGUGAACCGAUGAAUAUGCAUGCGUUUAAGGUACAAUCACACCCGAGAUUUGUUAAUCGUGUUAAUGGUGCUUCAUUUGAGCCAAUCUCCGAGUUCCCUGUUGUUGACAAAACAGUUUGCUUGAAAAUAAUACAACAAUCGUUCCAGCUAGCAAUCAAGUCCAGUUGUCGUGAGUGGUCUGAUUAUUAUUAUUUGGCAAAAGUUCAAAGAAAGUUGAAUAAACCUGCGGCUUUGGUUAUGGAAACGAUGGCUGCAGCAUGCCGGAGUGCGUUUAAAAAUAAACAUGCUGCAAAUAUCAUUGAGCCUCAUUAUAAUUUGGUUUCAUUUGCGUUAAAGUAUGUGAGAAUCAACAAGCUCGAUUCGAAAGAUGCGCUAAAAUAUUUGAUUGACGAUCCUUUGAUUAAACUUGAAGUAGGGGAUGAAACCGAUUUUAUAAAAUUGAUUAUAAAAGCGCUUAACAAGAUUGAUCUGUCAGAUAAGAAAAAUUGGCAGCACAAGGCAAAAUACAGACUAGCUCGUUUGAUGAAAGAAGAGUAUCAUGAUGUGAGAGGAGCUAUAAAUCAAAUGUCAAGUUUCAUAUCAUUAAAAACUCCAAAUAAGGCGCUAGUACUGAUUUGGAAACCAGAACCAGAAAGACCAGGGAAACAUUUCUUGUACACGUUCCAGUACAUUUAUUUUUACAUUGAGUUGCUUAAAGAGAUUGAUGACCUUGAUAGUUUAGUUGCGAUGUUGCCUAAAUUGCGUCGUUCAAAUUCAGUGAUGAUAAAUUUGUCAAUUGCUUGGGAAAUAUUAUGCUCCUCGGUGUGCAAAAUAAUCAGGGAGUCAUAUGGGAUUGGCGACAAUUUCGAAUUUACUGAGACCUUGAUCAACACUUUGCCAUAUCAGACAUUUGCUGCCAAUGUCAAAUUGUUGCCGGAUUUAAUGCGUCGUGAGGGUGUACCAGAUAAUUUGAAGGCGGUUUUGUGUUUUUUGUUGACAGUUAAUGAUAUCAAAAAGUUGAAUAAUGGGUACGGUCCUACUUCUUUUAUUGACGACACGCUUGUGACUCUAUAUUUUAUGAUUUAUCUAAACUAUUUUGAAAAAUCUUCUAAUGAAGUCACAACUGACUCACCUGGGUUGAAAAAGAAGAUUGCCAAGCGUGAUAUUUUCCCAUUAACCAACGAAAUUUUGAAGGCUUUUAAGAAGGACAUUGAAGAAGUUACCAAGCAGACAUCUUUCAAUGAGUUGAUAAGUGCUCAAAAGUUGGAGCUAGGUGUUAAUGAAAAUAAAUUGCUGGGAGUAAAAGAGGAAGAAACGGAAAGCAAGUCGGCACCAGCUAGGGCUAAUGAGAUAAUUGUAAUUGAUGAUGAUGAUGACGACGGCGACGACGACGACAAUAUGUCACUCGAGCCUGUUACAAAAAAGAAUAAAACUGAAUCAAGUAGUUAA